CAUGGCGGCUAGCGCGCUGUAUUCCUCACAUGCCGUCGUGCUAGUUCGUCAGUCCAUUCCGUGCCCAACCAACGCCAAGCACGAGCCGGAACCAGGAAGAAACAAUUUGUUCUUCGCUGGCUCGCUCGCCAUUCUUAUUUCUGCUCAUUCUCCGCCCAGCGCCCCGGCUCCCAGCAGCGAAGGGAGCUAGGACUAGAAGUCUAGAACAAGUAGAGACGUAGAGUACAGGGAGAAGCCAUGGCCGGCAGGAGCUUCUUGAUCCGGUCUCCCAAGGAGGAGUCCGACGCCGCCGUCAAAGAGGCUGUACUACUGGGAGCGAAGAAUGCUGCAAUAGCUGGUACUGUGGUAGCGGUUCCCACGUUGGUCGGCUGCCGUGUCCUUCCUUGGGCUAAGGCUAAUCUCAACUACACUGCACAAGCACUCAUCAUAUCUGCAGCCUGUAUCGCUGGCUUCUUCAUCACUGCCGAUAAAACCAUUCUACGGAACGCAAGACAAAACACCAUCGGGAAGCUUGACAAGUAGAUUUCGGUGCAGAACUAUGGCUGUAAUGGCUCACUGAUUUUGGUGUUUCGCUACUCAAGCCAAUUGUGCUGUAAAGACUUGCUUACCUGACGGACUCAACCGGUGCAUGCAGUUUUCCCCUAAUUUUAUUUGGAAUAAAAUAUGGGGCUAAUGGGUAUACGCCUUUGUAAUGUGGAAUACGAGACCUGCUUCUUUGUCACUUGUCAGGGGUUGUAAGACUGUUCAGUAAAAUGCUAUAUGGUAUUUGUUGCCUCCCAAGUUGGACA